AACAACAACAAUAAACAACAAAGGACAGGAAGUUUUCAAAGCGAUUCCGCGCUUUAUGGUGGAAAAACUGGAGUGAAGCAAAUCUUAACAGCACCAUCACAAUCCCACUCACGAAUGACGCCCGGUGGACAGACAUUCCUCUGCGUCAUGGGUUCCGUUAUCAGUAUAGCAAUUUCUAUUUGGUUAGCAGCAUUCAGUCGUGAACCAGGAUGGAGGAGAGCCGUAUUCGCUACCGGUGCCGCUAUGUGUGCUGUCAUGUUCGCCUUUCUUGCCUUUAUGACGAUUAGGCGGGCAAAACAUCCGCCUGAACCCGAAGCACUUCCGGAUUUAUCACAACGUCGUUCAACAAUCGGUGCACGGGUCAGCAAGAGGUCCAUAGCUGCAGCGGGUCUAACUUCAGGAGGAAGUGACGACUGUCCGACACAGGUGCUUGUUGCCGGAGCCAAGACACAUCCGUCAUUGACAAUUGGGUAA